GUUCGGGGAAAGAAUGGACACCCUGUGUCCAACUACAUGCUUUAUGAGGUGACAAAGGUCGGUCGUUGGUCCCCAGUCGUGACCAAAGUCAGAUACACCAAGAAGAUUGAAAUGAAGCUAGAGAUGCAAGGUAUUACGUGGCCAGGAAAAAUGCCUUUUCCGCCCAAAGGUCGACCGGAAAGGCGCUUCUUUAGGAUCGCGACACUGGAGGAGCAACCGUACGUCAUGUAUAAGGAUCCGGACAACUCGACGGGCGACUGUGGCCCACCUUCUAUCCCAUGUCGCCUCGUCUAUAACGAAACCAUCCAUGGUAAGAAUGACAGCACGCUGUUUAACGGAACCGUGGUCCGGUGUUGUGCCGGACUUAGUAUCGACCUCCUCAACAUCCUCAGCGAAAAGAUGGCGUUUGACUUCGUUCUGUUUGAGGUGGCAGACCGAAGCUUUGGCGUUCAGAAUGAA